GCAGGCGGGGAUCGGGGAGCCGCCUCACGCUGUCUGUUCCCGCUCCCGCUCCCGCCCCCAGAUGGCGUCUGCCAUGGACUCGCGUUAUGGGCAGAAGGAGUCCGCGGACCAGAACUUCGACUACAUGUUCAAGAUCCUGAUCAUCGGCAACAGCAGCGUGGGGAAGACGUCCUUCCUCUUCCGUUACGCCGACGACUCCUUCACGCCCGCCUUCGUCAGCACCGUGGGCAUCGACUUCAAGGUCAAGACCAUCUACCGAAAUGACAAGAGGAUCAAGCUGCAGAUCUGGGACACAGCAGGGCAGGAGCGGUACCGCACCAUCACCACCGCCUACUACCGCGGCGCCAUGGGCUUCAUCCUCAUGUAUGACAUCACAAACGAGGAAUCUUUCAAUGCCGUGCAGGACUGGUCCACUCAAAUCAAGACCUACUCAUGGGACAAUGCCCAGGUGCUGCUGGUGGGCAACAAGUGUGACAUGGAAGACGAGCGGGUGGUGUCCUCGGAGCGCGGCCGGCAGCUGGCCGACCACCUUGGCUUCGAGUUCUUUGAGGCAAGCGCUAAGGACAACAUCAAUGUCAAGCAGACCUUCGAGCGCCUGGUGGACGUCAUCUGCGAGAAGAUGUCCGAGUCCCUGGACACGGCUCCCGCC